CUCGGCUGACAUAGCGGAGCGUCACGGUCACGACACCCGGACAGUGUGCGGAGGGACGGCGGCUCCACUAUGCUGCUCAGCCUCGGUCCCUGCGGUGUCUCGCGUCGUGCAGUGUACGCUACGUGUCUGCUCUUGCGCCAGCGCGUUUAGCCGGAGCUCAACAAGCUCUACGGACAGAGGCUGGAGGGAUUUUCUCCGGUGCUUUUUCAUUUGUUAAUCUCCGCAGUGGACGGAGGACCGCUGCCUCCAGUGCACGGUCCCUCCGACACAACAAGUCCGGACAUGAGUAACGUUAAUCUGAUUUUCUGGGACCAGUUGCAGGCUGGCAGCUCCGAUGUGGACUGGUGCGAAGGGAAUUACCUUAUUUACCCGAGCAUCGCUGAGUUUUACAACACGAUCAGCAACAUUUUGUUUUUUGUUUUGCCGCCCAUACUAAUGUGCUUGUUCCGCCAAUAUGCAACACAUUUCAACAGUGGGAUUUACCUCAUAUGGAUUCUGCUUGUUGUGGUCGGUAUUGGAUCGACAUAUUUUCACGCCACCCUCAGCUUCCUGGGCCAGAUGCUGGAUGAGCUGGCCAUCUUAUGGGUGCUCAUGUGCGCCAUUGGCAUGUGGUUCCCCAAGAGAUACCUACCUCGGAUGUUCAGGAGGGAUCGGUCAAGGUUCAAAGUGGUCAUCGGCAUCUUGUCAGGGAUCACCACGGGUUUGGCCUUUGUCAAACCUGUCAUCAACUCGGUGUCGCUCAUGACACUGGGCAUCCCCUGCACUGCACUGCUCAUUACUGAGCUGAGAAGGUGUGAAAACCCUCGUGUGUUCAAGCUGGGCUUGAUCUCAGGGAUCUGGUGGGCGCUGGCUCUGCUCUGCUGGAUCAGUGACAGGAUCUUCUGUGAAAUGUGGUCAUCUGUCAACUUUCCCUACUUACACUGUGCUUGGCACAUCCUCAUAUGUCUGGCCUCUUACUUGGGUUGCGUUUGCUUCGCCUACUUUGACGUUGCGACUGAGGCCCCAGAGCGAGGCCCCGUCAUCAUGUUCUGGCCCAACGAGAAGUGGGCCUUCAUUGGCGUGCCCUACGUCUCCCUGCUCUCUGUCCACAAGAAGUGUGCUGUCAAGGUGACAUAAAGUGAGUCUGCAGCUCAGCUGGUUGGGCUCCCACACUUCUCAACAGGAUGUCUUCAAAACAGCAAGACGACACGAUACAUCCAUACAUCCAGCACGUCUGUGAGUAGCCUGACAUCCACGGGGCUCUGGUGACUGGAUGAUGUAGGUAAAUCACAUGUGGGCCAACUGAGAGGAUUCAUUGUUUCAUUGGUCUGGUCUUCAUUACACAGCAGUGUUUAUGCAACUCAAAGAGCAACAGGUGUCACAAAAUAGCUGUUUUCAGACAUGAACUCCGGAGGACGUUGGCACAAUUGGUUUCGGACUUUCUUCAGAGGUUUCCUUGCACACGAAUAACGCAGCAGGUUUUACAACAACAGAAAGACGUAACAUUAACUUUGCUGCAGAGAUCACACAUUAAUGUUAACAGCACACCGACGUCGGCCCUUAUCACCAAAAACUCUUCUUCAGCGUCUUCUAUGUGUGGCACCAAUUGUUCUUCGGAGCUAUUUGUAUUCUGUUUAUUUUAUUUUUGCAUCUGUCGGGUGUUAGAAACGUCACCAACGCACUUACCCGCUCGCCGUGAAACCUGCGGAGGAUCUCAUUUACUUUUUACCAGGGGGACUGGACAGAGAAACUCUGGAGAAAGUCUAAAGUCCUCUCACUCUGACAUUUGCAUUCUCACACACAGCCCCUCUGGAGAAUGUCCGGAGAUUACCCGGAGUUCAGUGCAUGUCUGAAAGCAGCUAAUGACACACAGUCACAUUCUACACAACACAAUAUCAAAGCCAAGAAACCUUUACAGUGUUCAACAUGCUCAGGCUCUGCAGGAGACAUUUUGUACAUUUUUGUAUUAACUCACAAAACCUCUUUAUAAAGCGUUAGUUUGCCUUUAUGAACAUAAAUAUAGCAUCUCAUAGGUGCAGUCAGGCCAUAAUGAAAUCAAAAUCAGAAACAAUAUAACACUGGAUUCAGUGACUGUGAUAAAUGCAUAAUGCAUUAAAACUCAAAGUGUCAACAGGCCAGUUCUCAAGAUGUUACAGAAGUGUUAUGAAAAGGUUAUUCACACAAAGCCGAAUGUAUUUCUGAUACAUAAUGGAUUCAUGCUGGUAAACCUGCCCUUUGUGUCGACUGGCAUUUUCAUGGAAAAAGUCAGAAACACAAAAGGCUUCUCUCUAGUCUGGCUGUUUUUUUCUUCCAGCAUGCCACAGUUAAUGUUUGAGAUAGUAUAUGAGAAAUGUUUAAUAUAUUCCUAUAUAUAAAUAUAUUUUAUUAACUAAUAAUGUAAUAUGCAAUUAUUUUCCUAUGAAAAGCAUAUUAUUGAUGUAUUACUCAAUCAUUAGGUACCCACUGAUAUUGGCCAAAAUCUAAAAGAACCAGAAUGUGAAAUCAGAAUGUAUUAAAAAAGAAUUGACAAAUCAAGUAACAAAUUACUUAUUCUGCACAAAAUAAAGAGUGAUUUUCAAAGCCUCUGGCUAAGUUGCAAUAAAGAACAGGAUCAUUACAGAUAUUUACUCAAAGAUAAGAUUGCUAUUGUACAGAUUUGAAUGUUAAUUCCCCCCCCCAGACAUCUCACCUCUUCAACUGCUCUUCAGGGUUCUUUUUUUUUUGUUGACAUUUUGCUAAAUGUCAUUGAAACGAUGUAAAAUGUGCAAAAAGCCUUAAUCAAUCGGGACAAUGGAUUACUGGCAAGUGAAGUUUUUAGUCUAAGAGGUGAAAUACAGUGUAUGGUUACAUUAAAGCACUUUGUUUGUGAACCACUGUGUAACUUAGAUUUUGAAAAGUGUUCUAUAAAUAAACGUAUUAUUAAGUAGUACAUGGAUGUGGCAUGUAGCUCAUGGCAAGUCAAAUAAUAAAGAUAAGCUUUUAUUACCUCUGACCCUAAAACUAAAACAUUGUAGUUGGGCUAAAAAGUGAAUAGAGUCUGUAUGUGGAGUUAUAAAGGGAAAAACAUGUUUGGAUGAUUCAAAGCAAAACAGGGCUCACUGACGCUUUUCCACCUCAAACCAUUGUUGUACAUGUUGUUCUUAAAAACUGCCUCAAGCUGUUAAACUAAUAUUUUUUCACUCCUGUCGCCCUGCUGAGGCUUCUGGGAGUCCAGACCACUAAAAUAAUUUGUGCUUACAUAAAGGAUUAUUAUUACAACUUACAAAGAAAACAACCAUUUUUCUUUUUUUUCUGAAGUGACAUUUCGUGAAGUCCAAAGCAACUUAUAUUUUUCUAAUUGAGGUGCAGCCAAAAUCAAAGCAGCGGCCUAAAUGGUGAAUUAUUUUGAUAUUGUACUAUUACUACCUUUGUAUUGCCAAACAUUGUUACAGGGUUUCUUUUUAUAUUGUAUCUUUUUGGACAAUAUUGACAAUGUGAACUAAAUAGGUGUAGUGCCCGAGAAUAGUUAUUGUGCUGCAAAUCAUGCAUCUGAUCCGUGUUGGUGUUUUUUUGUAUGCUAAUAUAAACAAGUUGAGAGUUAAGUUAGAAAAGACUUGGUGUGUUGAGACGUGUCUCUUUAAUGCUCCCACUGCAUUGUGAUGUUUGUCUUGGCAUGAGGUAUGAUCAUGAUCACAUAACAAUGAGUCGUCUUUUUCUAUGGACUUGUGUGUUCAAGCAAAUUUUUUUUCUGCUUGCAUUGACAGUACAGACAAACUGCACAAAGUAUUUAUUUUUAUAAUUUAUCCUGUUUUAUAAACAAGUAUUUGUAAUAGACUAGAACAUUAGUUAUUUUAUUUUAUGCAAUAAACGUAUAUACUCAAACUGA